CGCUCGCGUUCCCUGACGCGUUUUCCGCUCACAGUAGAAUAAAGACGCAUAGAUUAUUUUAGCCAACGCUACGUAGUCCAUGAUUGGUUGGGAGCGUCGCGAGCGCAGCUCGUUCCUCGCCUCCCGCUGGCGGCACUUGUGGAGCCGACUGUUCACAAAUCGUGUCCUUAGUAAAGUUUCGCUGUUCAAAAUUGGAAAUGGCUUCCAUGACAACUAUCGCGUCUGCGGAAGCCUGUUUAGAGAGCCAAGAUGACUUUGUCCCUGCGGUUAAAGAAUUCCGAAACUGGAAAGAAAAAGUAGCCCUGCAGAAGAAGGCAGAGUUCCUCCGAAAUGCAGAGAAGUUUAAGAAACAAAUUGACAUUCUUGAAAAAGAGAGGAGCCUGAAUAUUCGGAAUAAGAGAAAUGCUUUCAGAAACGGCUUCGAGGAGCUGGAAGAAUUGGAAAGUGCGCUUCAAAAAGACAGGAGGACUGAGAUCCAGAAUGUCCAACAACAGCUGGCAAGAAUCAACAAGAGCUUGAAACGAUUCCAGGAGCAGCUGACUGAUGUAAAGCCCACCCCAAAAUUUCUUGAAAAACUGAGAGAAGUAAUGGCUGAAGUUGAUACAUCCAUCAGCACUUUCAAGAAGGAUCAACGUCAGGGCUAUGAGGAGCUCUGCAAUGAGGAGAGAAUAUGCUGGAAGGAGAUCUGUGCCUUUGAGAAGAAGAUGGAGGUCUGGUCUUCCAAGUCAGCUUCAGCCCCUGUUCCAACCCCCUCUGCCAAGGUGUCCCUAAACCGGACCCCGGACAACGACUUGCCUCGUGAAGUUGUGGACCUUGAGAAGUUCUUGCUGCAGACAGGAGGGGUGCUCGGUGGCUGGGACCAAGUUGACCACGAUAGCUUUCUUCAGGUCUGGAAGAAGCACAGUGGGAGGCCGGACUACAGAGAAGAGGCCCUGGUCUACUUGCCUAACAAGACAGAAGAGGAGCUCAUAUUACAUGAGGACUGGUAUCAAAAGCUCCUGUCCCUCCAGGAGAAGAAGAAGGAGGCAAUUGUCCGGUGGAAGGCUGAGCAACAGAAGAGGAAAGAGACGAAACAGCAGCAGCAUGUAAAAGAGGAGGAUGCAAAGAAGCAUGAGAGUGCAGAGCUGAAGGAGGUUCAGCGUUGCCGCAUGGAGGAGAAACGGCGGGACGUUGCUGCUCGCCUGCAGGCUUGGAGGACACGGCGCAAUAUGCAGCUGGCCCAAGAGCAUGAACGGAGGCUGAAGGAGCAGAUCCAGGUGAAGAGACAAGCUAAAGAAGAGCGUCAGAAGCAGCUGGAGGCGAAGAUGGCUGUUCAGGCCCACAUUCAACAGAAGAAGGAGCUAGAGGAUCUUCUCACACGUGAGAAGGAGUCUGUGGAGCGGGCAGAAAUGGAGAAGAAGAAGAGGUUUGCGGCCAAAGAGAUUAAGCGUUUCCAGGAACGGGACCUUCACAAGAUAGAGACCAAGAUGCAGGACAAGCGGGCCAAAGAGGAAAAGGAGGCAGAGAGAGAAAGGAAGCAAGCUUAUCUGAAAAAGAAGAUAGAAGGUCACGUCAGCCGUGAUCCCACAAGACUCUCGAGGCUCACCAAAGGCUGGGAGGAACGCACCAAAAAAAUCGGACCAACAGGGGGACGGCCUGUGCUACAGAUGUUCCAUAGAGCUGUACCAACCUGGAGACAAGAUCUAUGACAUGGAUUUCAACUGUCAAAAAUUGUACCUGGCUUAUUAUCCUGUAAUUAUAUAUUUAUGGAUCAAGCAUAAAUUAGUUUAUAUUUACAUUUGUUCUACAGUUUUAACUUUUAAUGUUGUUGUUUGACACAGUAAUCGCAUGCCAUAUAGAAAAAUAACACUU